ACAAUAUGAAGAACAUAAAGACAUUUUUUGUGAAAUGCAUUUUGUGCUUCAGCAAAUUACACAGGAAGCAUUUGUCAACAGAGAAGCUAUGUGAGUAAUUCACAGCUUGCUAUGGGAAAUUCAGGUUGUUCUUUGCUUUUCAGAUUUUGCCAAUGCGGCAAUGAAUCACACUACAACUUUAUUUGUCAAUCAUGGACAGUCGGCAAGAAUCAACUGCAACUACAGCCGAACAGAUGAGACUGAAUUGAUGGCAGUGAAUAUUCAGACAUUAAAUCAUACUCUCUGUUCACUACGCUUUAAUGGGAGUUCAUGGAAACAACAGAACUGCAGAGAUCACGUCAAGUUUAACUGGACUCCAGAGACUAAGGAAAUCUCAUUUGAGCUCUUAAAUCUUCAGGAUAAAAACACAUACACCUGUACUGUGAUGAGGACUAUACCACCACCACACAUGGAUCUGGGAAUAACACAAGUCCAAGUUAUUGUGCGUCCCGUCUUGUCUCUGUCUUGUGAGAAGAUGCCUGACGGAUCUACCAUGAUUCUGUGCUCUGCUGGAUUUAACAAUGAUUCACUUGAACUGCUGUGGAUCAGAGAUGGAGAAUUCUUCAACAGCUCGUACUCAAAUAAAUCAUUCAGUCAUAAAUCAUACCUUAUACUGCCACCACAAAUCAACAACACAGUCUACUUCUGCUGGGUAAACCACUCAUCCUUAAACAAACCGCUCAUCGCCAAUUUACCAAUCUCUGCCUGCUAUGAAAAAGAGGGGGUAGCUCUGGCUGUGACUGUGGUGCCUGUGGUCUUGUUGACUGUCUUUUUGAUCAGUGCAUUGAUCAUAUGUAAAUCUUACAGAAGAGCACGUAAGUCGUCUGUGUCUCCAAUAGCAGUGAGUGUCACAUCUGAACCUGUGCUUCAUGAUCACCUACAGACUGAGAUGUUGUAUUCAACACUGGGUAACCAUCAUCCAAUGCCAUGCAGCCCUAUCGGAGUCCACCCUUCUCGACAAUAAAUGUUAAAGGGAUGCAUUUUGCAAUGAUAGAACUGUAGCUUUUUCACCACCCUAAUAGUUUUGGACUUCAGAUUUGACUUUCAGAGGACACUGGUCCCUGUUUAUAAAGCAGAUUUAGCAGAUCUUUCAAUGUGUGAGAGAGCAACUAAUGGUUUUUAAACAAUUCUUUGAAUAACACAUUUAGCUGAUUUCUGUGAGAAACCCUGAAUCAUACUACAACCAAAAAAGAGAAUCCUUGAAUCAUUUACUUGCGUCAUUAAUUACCAAAAUGAAAAGCUAUAAGACAAAGGGGUCAUUGAAUUAUCCACUAAAUUUAUCUGUUAUAAAUACAAUUUCCAUACAGAAUUAAACAAGUUACUUUUUGUUCGAUCAAAUAUUUUAUAAAACAGGGCAUCACGAUGAAGCAGUGGGUAGCAUGAUUGUCACACAGCAAUAAACUCGCUGAUUCGAGCCCCGGCUGGGCUAGUAGGCAUUUCUAUGUGGAGUUUGCAUGUUGUCCUUGUGUUCGCGUGGGUUUCCUCUGAGUGCUCCGGUUUCUCCCACAGCCCAUGGCGUAUGCUAUAGAUGAACUGAAUAGGCUUAAUUGUCCGUAGUGUAUGUGUGUGAAAGAGUGUGUAUGGGUGUUUCCCAGUGUUGGGUUAUGGCUGG